GCGAGAGGUGAACGCGCCUGGCCGGACGGGAGGAAAGUAUCUGCUUCGUUGAGGGGGGAAAGAAGGAGCUGGAGACAGAUUGUGGGACCGAGCGCGGGCGGGCGGGAGGUGACGGAGCUACUAGCGGCUCCGCUCUGCUGUAUGAAAUAUGGGAGACGACAGACCGUUUGUGUGCAAUGCCCCGGGCUGUGGACAGAGAUUUACAAAUGAGGACCACCUGGCAGUUCACAAACACAAGCAUGAGAUGACAUUGAAAUUUGGCCCAGCUCGAACUGACUCAGUCAUCAUUGCAGAUCAGACUCCUACUCCGACCAGAUUCCUGAAGAACUGCGAGGAGGUGGGGCUCUUCAAUGAACUGGCUAGCUCCUUUGAACAUGAAUUCAAGAAAGCUGCAGAUGAGGAUGAGAAAAAGGCUUCUGCUGGACCCCUUGACAUGUCUCUGCCUUCCACACCAGACAUCAAAAUCAAAGAAGAAGAGCCAGUGGAGGUAGACUCAUCCCCAGCUGAUAGCCCUGUCUCUAGCCCUUGUUCCCCACCACUGAAGAAGGAGGUUACCCCAAAGCCUGUGGUAAUUUCUACUCCCACACCCACCAUUGUACGUCCUGGCUCCCUGCCUCUCCACUUGGGGUAUGAUCCACUUCAUCCAACCCUUCCCUCCCCAACCUCCGUCAUCACACAGGCUCCACCAUCCAACAGGCAAAUGGGGUCUCCCACUGGCUCCCUCCCCCUUGUCAUGCAUCUUGCUAAUGGACAGACAAUGCCUGUGCUGCCAGGGCCUCCGGUACAGAUGCCUUCUGUUAUAUCGCUGGCCAGACCUGUGUCCAUGGUGCCCAACAUUCCUGGUAUCCCUGGCCCACCAGUAAACAGCAGUGGCUCCAUUUCUCCCUCUGGCCACCCUAUACCAUCAGAAGCCAAGAUGAGGCUAAAAGCUACCCUAACCCACCAGGUCUCCUCAAUUAAUGGUGGUUGUGGAAUGGUGGUGGGUACUGCCAGCACUAUGGUGACAGCCCGACCAGAGCAGAGCCAGAUCCUCAUCCAGCACCCUGACGCCCCUUCCCCUGCACAGCCACAGGUCUCACCAGCCCAGCCCACCCCUAGUACUGGGGGCCGACGGCGGCGUACCGUGGACGAGGAUCCAGAUGAGCGACGGCAGCGCUUUCUGGAGCGCAAUCGCGCUGCAGCCUCCCGCUGCCGCCAAAAACGGAAGCUAUGGGUGUCUUCCCUAGAGAAGAAGGCAGAGGAACUCACGUCUCAGAACAUUCAGCUGAGUAAUGAAGUCACAUUACUACGCAAUGAGGUGGCUCAGUUGAAACAGCUACUGUUAGCUCAUAAAGACUGCCCAGUCACUGCACUACAGAAAAAGACUCAAGGCUAUUUAGAAAGCCCCAAGGAAAGCUCAGAGCCAACGGGUUCUCCAGCCCCUGUGAUUCAGCACAGCUCAGCAACAGUCCCAAGCAAUGGCCUCAGUGUUCGCUCUGCAGCUGAAGCUGUAGCCACUUCGGUCCUCACUCAGAUGGCCAGCCAAAGGACAGAAGUGACCAUGCCAAUACAGUCGCAUGUGAUCAUGACCCCACAGUCCCAGUCUGCGGGCAGAUGAUGCCUCCCCUGGUGGAGAGGUCCCCAGCCAGAGCUCGCCCACCUAAGAGCCAAGAGAGAUGUCAUCUUAUCCCCUCCCUUCUGCCUCGGACAUGGCAAUAUGGGGGGAGGGGUGAAAUUGUGUGUUGUGAGUAAUGGACGUGUGUGGGGCUUUUCAGUCACGUGGUCAUGUAUGUUUGACAUCUGUACUGCGGGCCUCCAAGCCCUAGAGUCUCAUACAUCAUCCCCCAAGGGUGGGGCUUCUGAUGUACCCACAGCCAAAGGCCUUUUCAGAUGGUCCGAACAAUCACCCUACCCCACGCACACGUAUCUCUUUUUAACACUAACCCUUGCACUUCUAGGUUUGGGGUUUCUCAUUUCCCUCUCCUCCUACUAAACCAUGGCUGUUACCUUCUUGUUUCUUACCAGCAUGCCACUUCCUGCCAGAUAGAGGGAGGCUAGAUUGAUGGCGCAUCGCCUACUGACCCACCCCAGCCACCCACGGACUCAGGACUUUGUCUUCCAGUAGCUGCUUGUUUGUCCCCUUUUCUCCUUCCUAAAUUCUAGUUCAGACAUUCACUUAUGAUGAAUGUAAGUUUACCUUUGAUGUACGAAGUAGUGGUAUUUUCCAGCUUCUUUAUAAGCUUAAUUCCUUUCCCCUACCUGCCACCCAAAAAACAAGCAAAAAGAAAUAACAAAACCCCCAGAGUUCUAAUUCUUCUUCAUCUAUUUCCAGAGCUAUUUGAGUACCUCAUUUUGUCUCUUUACCCAGUUUAGUGGUGGGGUCUUUCCUCAUCUUGUGGCCUUAUUAUUAGAGAUUUCUUGGUGGGGAAAAAGGAAAGAACCUAGAUCUGAUUGAUUUCCUUGCCUCCUCUCCAUUCUCCUCAGUUCUAAUCAUCAGGCUAGACAGGACCAGUGUACUUUAAAGUUUGUUCCAUUAUAUCAUAAAGUGGCCAAAGCAUACAUAUUGUCAUCUCUGGUCAUCUUUUCUCUCUGCUCUUGCCUCUUCCUCUUCAUUGCCCUGCCCACAUUACUGCCUCUGUCUCUCUCCUGUAACUAGUUCAGAUGCAGCCCUCCUGGAAGCUGUAACAUAGGGGACUAUUAAGUUCCCUUGCUCUACCCCAUCUCUCUGCCUCACACAUCUGUCUUCUUUUCUGAGCUGGGAUCUUGAAUUCACAAGACCCCAUCACCAUCUGGACUACGUUCUUUCUCUUUCCCCAGGUUUCUAGUCUAGCCACUGGCUGUAGAGCUUCCUCAACUUAUUUCUACCCUCUGCCCAGUAAGUGCAAUGUUUCUCCGUAGAAUAAGCUCCAGGAUUCCAGAGCAUCAGAGCCAAGGUCCUGAGUGGAUGAAAGGAGGAAGGGGAGAGGUCAGGGGUAGUACUGAUCUUGGCAGAGGAGUCCAGAGUCUGGCCUGCCUAGGAAAUUGGUGACUAUUGCUCUCAACUAUUCUUACUUUGAAGCAUUGGAUUGUAGAGGGAGAAAUUCAUCCCUCUUGUCCCUCUUCCUUCCCCAUUAGGAUGUCUCAUCUUCCCUUGGCUCUGAACUAUGCAGUAACUACCAUGGCCAUAGGAAGCAAUCCAAAGCCAGAGGCCUGUGGAUAGAUAGGUCAGCUUUAAUAGUACUUCAGUGUGAAACUCUUCCAAUUGUCCCAGAGCCACCUUCUACCAUCUGCCCAAGCCUAGAAUGUCCUUUUCUCUCUCUCUCCUACAUCUGUCUAUACAUACAAAGUAACUGCCAAGUCUUUGCUUAUUUUGUCUUCCAAAAUGCUCUAAGCUGUAAGAUUCCCAUUCCUUAGAGUGAUAGACUGAACCAGGGGACAUGUUUUACAUUUUUUAAAUUUCCCCUCAUGCUUUUCAGAGCCAGUGCUGAGCAAGCCAUACCUAGUGAAGUCAAAGGUGAGAGAGAAAACAAGGUACCCAACAGGAACAGCUCUGAGGUGACUCAGACUAACAAAUGUUAUGCAGGUUCUCACCUCCAGGGUCUUCACUUUGAAAAUUCACAGCCAUAACUUGUGCUCAGGACCUUGCCUUUAGAUGCUGCUCCCUGGAAUUUUCACUCACUUUAGAUUUUUAUUUCAUAUUUUGUUAUCUUGAUUUCCCACUAGCAACCUUGCCCUAAGGCUUGACUGAGUUUAUCGCUCCUAAGGAGCUUUCAUAAGACCCUUGACUCUUUUUCUUCCCCCUUCCAUCAAGUGUUUUUAAAGUUUAAGAAUCAAUUUGUCACUGCCUCCAUACCCUGCCAAUCUAUCCAUGCCAUGUGUUAGGUGACUAAUUUUUUUUUUAGUCACACCUGUGGCUUGAGUGACUAAUUUACAUAGAGAGUCUUUUUAGUUUCUUAGCCUCCAUGUCAAAUUCUCUGAGUCCUUAAUUCAUUAGUGGGAAGUUGGUAUAGGGGACCUAAAUGAGGACCACUGCCAGAACUAUAGUAGCGAAUCAGCACUGAAAUGAGGACGAGGCAGGACAGAACUCCCCCCCCCCCCCCCGCCAGGCAGCUCUUGAUUUGGUCCUCAGUCUGACUAAGAAGGCAGAGCAUUUGCUUACUCUGAAGCUUGUCUUAUAGUCAGGGGAAGUGUCUCUAACCUUGUGAUUGCUGCCAGCCAUGUGGUCACUCUCUCCCGAUCUCUGUCUUUCAGGCUCUUCUAGACCACACAACACAAAGGGUAUCACUGAGCCCUUUCUAAUUUAGAGACUGUGGCCUCUUUAGAGGACACUUUUAGAAAGGAGCUGAGGGGAUGAGGGUCUUGGAUUACCUUGAGUGAGUGCAGGUCUCAGGUUUCCCACCCACUGCACAGACACAGCUAGCUACUGGGUGCCCAGAGCCAUAGAGAAAGGAGUCAGAACCACGUCUUCUGUCUGAACACUUUCUGCCUCAUUCCCUUAAAAGAAACCUGGCUUAAAGUUGAAAAGUCUGAGAAAGCCUCCCAUACUACUAGAGAGGGUAGCAAAAGCCAUACCUCCUUUACUUGCUCUUCCCCUGUGGGUUGUACUCCCCAGAUCUAGCUUCAAAGCUUCAACCUCCAGUCCUCACGUUGGCCCUGAGCACUAGACUAUGUAAUGCAGGUAGUGGUUAAGCAGGAGCUGGGCCAAUUGACCCUUACCUUGCUGCCUUCCCUAGCCAUACUGUUCUUCUCAGCUCCUUUCCUCACACUUGAUUGUAGCCAAAACGCUGAGAAGAAAUUCACCUACUUGCUUGCUGUUUUUUUUUUUCUAAACAGUCCUAAACUAGAAGUAGACAGCUCCUUUCUUGAUUCACUGCCCUCCAGCAGCACCCAUCCUAGUAGAUGGGGUGCUUAACCAUAACCAGGCCCUGUAUACAUCCUGAACCACCAAGCAUACACCCACAAAUUCCUCCUCUAGUUUCCCAGGCUCCCCUCUGCCACACUGAGAGGCUCCUCGAAGGUGCUAGCCCCUAGGUCAGCUCUCCUUACCCACAUCCCCCUUCGUUUUAAUCUUCCCUCCCAUCCCCAAAUCAUUAUUUUCCAUUAAUACUGUACAUUGUAUACAUAGGAAGGAAAUGCAUUAUUUCUUUUUUUAAUUUCAUAACCAGUCUGUUUGGGUUCCAGUCCUCUGAGCUAUGUCACAUAUACUUUUGUUGAUACGCUCUUCCUGCUCUUUUUAGACUUAUGUUUGACAGGUGUAGAGGGGGUGCAACAGAAUUGGACUGGUGAGACUCCUAAGGCAGAUUAGAGGACCCUCUCAGCCCCAGUACAGCUCUGACUGGCUCUGGUUGGCCCUGCCUCCCUCUCGUGGUGUAGAACUGAUUUCUGUCUGCACACAUGCUUGUGCACACAGGUGUAAAUUUCCACCCACCCACCCCAGGAUGGUAACCCAGCAGGAAUGAGCUUAGGCGGCUGCUAGCAAACAUUCCCACUCCCUGUACCAGUUGAAUUGUCUUCUCUUUGGGAUAAAGUCCUACCCCAGAAUGAGAAAAGACUGGGGAGAAUAGGGCAGGUGAAAGCAGCUUAGGUCCUUGAUAGAUUCAGGUUUGUAUCAUAGCUACUAGAGUUUAUUUUAAUUUUUAAUGGAGGGCUAGUGGCACAGAGAUCUCUCAGUAGCAUUAGCUACUAUGAGUAAGGUCUGUAGCUGUGAGAAGUGGCUAUGAGCACUAGCUUCAUUGACUUUACCUUAGGGCAGUAGUUCUCAGAAUAUGAUCCAGGACCAGCAAUAUCAACAUCACUGUCAUCUGGGAGCUUGUUAGAAAUUCACAUUCUUGGUCUCCAUCCCAGAGCUGUUGAGUCAGAAGUUCUGGGGACAGGUUUUAGUAAGCACUCCAGGUGAUUCUAAUGCACAGGAAAGUUUGGGAACCAUUGCCUUGGGGGUCAAGCUAGGAAAUUCUUACAGGGUGUUGAGGAUAUUUUAAAUACCUUCCUCUGCCUUAGCACUAACGUUUUUCUAUUUCUUCCAGUCCCUCCCUCCUUUCCCCUUAAAACAACCACCACAUCACUGAUCUCAAAAUCUAGAUUUGUCUUUCUUCUAGUCUUAACCCCUAAAACCUAUCCCUAUGCUGGAAUGGACAGGAGUUAUCCCAUAUUCUCUUACAGACUGAUCACUCCACAUUCUUUGUUACAUUCAGGGCCAGCUGGAGCCUUAGCUGUCCCAUGCCUCCCAUACACACACACCUUUCAGGCAGGGAGGAGAUGAGCCCCAGCCCAUUAGUUGAGGCUGCCGCAUCCUGACACAGUAUCUAUUGAAAAGAAAGCAGUGUGUAUCUAUGAUUAUAUCUCUGUUUAUCUAUAUAUUUUUGACAUGUAGCAACACCUCUCCAUCUUAUCAAGGAACUUGUCUCUGGGUCUGGUCUCUCCAGGCCCUGGUGGUGGCCUUUGACAGGUAGGAGGAUGCAGUGCUACAGGCUAUUUUGUUACAAAACCAUCUUAUCCCUUUUCCCUCCACCCAAUUCAGCAUGAUUCCUGUGAGCAGGCUCUCACAAUCUCCCGGGACGGGGCUGAGGCAGGGGCUUCGCUCUAUUCUCCCUAACCGUCCCUUCUUCCUUCCCCUUUGCUACUUAGCAGUUAUCCCUCCAGCCAUGCCUUUACCUUCCCUCCCUUGCCCGGGCAUAUAUUGUGCCUUAUUUAUGCUGCAAAUAUAACAUUAAACUAUCAAGAGAACCAC